UGCCGGGAGGUGCGGCGGGGCCGGGCCGGGCCGGGAGCGGGGCCGGGGCCGCAGCGGAUCGCGGCGCGAUGCAGAAAUAUGAGAAGCUGGAGAAGAUCGGGGAAGGUACCUACGGGACCGUGUUCAAGGCCAAGAACCGGGAGACGCACGAGAUCGUGGCGCUGAAGCGGGUGCGGCUGGACGAUGACGACGAGGGGGUGCCCAGCUCGGCGCUGCGAGAGAUCUGCCUGCUGAAGGAGCUGAAGCACAAGAACAUCGUCAGGCUCCACGACGUGCUGCACAGCGACAAGAAGCUGACGCUGGUCUUUGAGUUCUGCGACCAGGACCUGAAGAAGUACUUUGAUAGCUGCAACGGUGACCUGGACCCGGAGAUUGUGAAGUCCUUCAUGUACCAGCUGCUGAAGGGCCUGGCCUUCUGCCACAGCCGCAAUGUCCUGCACCGCGACCUCAAGCCCCAGAACCUGCUCAUCAACAGGAAUGGGGAGCUCAAGCUGGCUGACUUCGGCCUGGCCCGGGCCUUCGGCAUCCCGGUGCGCUGUUACUCAGCAGAGGUCGUCACGCUCUGGUACCGGCCCCCUGACGUCCUCUUCGGUGCCAAACUCUACUCCACGUCCAUCGACAUGUGGUCAGCUGGAUGCAUCUUCGCAGAGCUGGCUAACGCGGGACGGCCCCUGUUCCCGGGCAACGACGUGGAUGACCAGCUGAAAAGGAUCUUCCGGCUGCUGGGAACCCCCACGGAGGAGCAGUGGCCGGCCAUGGCCAAGCUGCCAGACUACAAGCCCUACCCCAUGUACCCUGCCACCACCUCCCUGGUCAAUGUGGUGCCCAAGCUGAACGCGACGGGCCGGGACCUGCUGCAGAACUUGCUGAAGUGCAACCCUGUGCAGCGGAUAUCAGCGGAGGAGGCCCUGCAGCACCCCUACUUCACGGACUUCUGCCCUCCCUAGGCCCCUCCAGCACAGGGGGGGCAGACCCCCGUCUCCCAGCACGCUCACGGCAGCACUGGGGAGGGGACAGCCCCCCUGGCAGCAGGGGU